UGACGGAUCAGACUGGAUGUUUCUGUCGGUGAGCGGCUGUCUGCUGCUGAAAGCUGAGGACAUUCUCAACUUUGCAUCUCAUAUUUCUGCAUCAACAGGGAGCCCGUCUUUAUUUUUUUUAUUGUAUGUUUUUUACCAUCAGCUUCACAGCUAACCUGCCAUGAGGAGCAUCGCACAGCUGGAGACCUGAACCCAGCGGGUCUGGAAGAGGAGAAGAUGCCUCAUGGACCGCUCCAUCACCGCCAGUGCGCCACUUCAGGGCAUCCCGAGCGCCGAAUAACAAAGAAAUGCCGCGGUUUAGCGUCAGAUGGAUGGUGGCGGUGCUGCUGAUUGCGGUGGUCGGCGGCGCCUUCUUCUUCUGCGAGUAUCUCAUCUACUUCCCCACCAUCCUCAAGUGCGCCUGGCCGAAGAUCAGCCAUGCUCGGGGGGGAGAGGGCAUCGACGACCGGCCGGCGGACUCCGCGGUCCGCGCCAUGGUGCUGUCGGACACGCACCUCCUGGGAGCCGUGGGGGGACACUGGUUCGACAAGCUAAGGAGGGAAUGGCAGAUGGAGAGGGCUUUCCAGACCGCUCUGUGGCUCCUCAGGCCCGAGGUGGUCUUCAUUCUGGGGGACAUCUUCGACGAAGGCAAGUGGAGCUCGCAGAAGCACUGGGAGGACGACGUGCGGCGCUUUCACAGGAUGUUCAGACACUCCACUGACACAGAACUGGUCGUACUGGUUGGAAAUCACGACAUCGGUUUCCAUUAUGAGAUGGACUGGUUCAAGCUGCAGCGCUUCGAGAAGGUCUUCAAUGCUUCCUCCACCAGGAUCGUCACCAAGAAGGGAGUCAACUUCCUGCUGGUGAACUCCGUGGCUCUGCACGGCGAUGGCUGUCCCAUCUGCCAGUCGGUGGAGAAGGAGCUGAUCAAACUCUCCAGAGACCUCAACUGCUCUCUUCAGAACUCACAGUCCGGCAGCGGAGUGAUGGACAGCUGUGAAGGCUCGCAGCUGUAUCCUCCUACACCUCCGAUCAUGUUACAGCACUAUCCUCUGUUCAGAGUGAGCGACGCCGGCUGCAAAGGACAGGACGCUGCGCCGCCUCAAGAGCGCCACCUGCUGUUCAGAGAGAAGUACGACGUCUUGUCCAAGGAGGCCUCUCAGAGACUGCUGCAGUGGUUUAAGCCCCGCCUCAUCCUGAGUGGACACACCCACAGCGGAUGCGAGGUUCUCCAUGACAACAAGUACCCAGAAGUCAGCGUGCCAUCCUUCAGCUGGAGGAACCGCAACAACCCCAGCUUCAUCCUGGCGUCGGUGUCGCCCGGCAGCUACAGCCUGUCCAAGUGUUUCCUACCGGAGGAGAGCACGGUGAUCGGCGUCUACUGCUCGGCCGGAGCCUGCCUGCUGCUGCUGUUUCUGGCCCACUGCCUGUGGAUGAAAGGCCUGCUGCAGUGCCUCAGCCUCUGCCUGCUGGGGAAGCACAAGUCCCUGUGAACUACGUUACCCAGCGUGCACCGCGUUCCAGGACUGAGCCACCGGAGCUGCUAAUGUGAAGAUUCCCUCCUCCCCGUGAGCGUGCCAAAAACCCCUCGAUUUGUUCGUCCAAAUGUUCUUGCGGCACUGUGAAGGACACAAAUGUGUUUGAGAUGUCUUUAACCCUCGUGUCGUCCUGCAGGUCAAAACUGACCCGUUUUAAAGUUUGAAAAUGUGGAAAAAUAUAUAUUUUCACAGUGAAACUUCUGAUGUCCACAUUUUCAACAUUUUUUUUGGUGGAAAAAAGAAAUGUUAAAAUGUUUCUGAAGAACAUUCACAUAAAAAUCAACCAAAAUCCAGUGAAAUUCACUGGAUUUUGGUUGAUUUUUAUGUGAAUGUUCUUAAAGAAAAUAUUAGAAGUUUUACUGAUAAAUAUGUAAUCACUUUAGAUAUUUUUAGGAUUUUUUUGGGAAGAUUUUUACUCAUUUUUUGGAAAAUAUUUACAAGAAUUUUCUUGCCAUAUUUGGGGGAUUUUUUAAAUAUAAAACUUUUAGGGGAAACUUUUAAGGAAUUAUUUAAAUUUUCUUCCUGAAGGUUUUGCAAAUUUUCAGAAAUUUGGGGAUUUUUUUUGCAGAAUUUUUGGAUUUUUUUCAGACAAGGAAACAAUAUUUUUUGGUGCCCGUAAAUGAGGACAACAGGAGGGUUAAAGGACUUAAAGUUUAUUACUGCUGAUACUGACCGUGAUGAAAGUGGCUUAGAGCCCGAGACGAGGACCAAAAUGUUGUUACGAAUCAUCAGCAAGGUGUGUUUCUGACUAAACAGGUGGAAAACGAAGCAUCAGGAAGUUUUCCAGUGUGACCAAAGCGCACACGAGGACGAAUCAAAGCUGUAAAUACUAACCCUCUGAUCUACAGUGGUGAAGCUAGAGGUCCGUUGGUGCUUUCUGUCUCCCUCUGAUGUUAACUGUGACCCGACGUGAUCAUCUCACUCCCAGCACCGUCCAUUUCCUGUCGUUGAUGUCACGUCACCCAUCCAGGUUCCCGGUCGUUUUUAUGACGCAUAUCGGAAGAAAUAUUUAUCGCUGACUUUCUGUGCCAAAUGUUUGUGAGGGUUUUUGCCAAAUUGUUGAGAUGUUUCUGAAGAACUGUACAUAAUAAAUCAGAAUCUUAA